CCGCACUGAUAGAAAAUACUUAUUUACAAAGAUGCUGUAACCAAUGGAUAACAUAAACUUCAAUAACCUGAGUCAUUCAUUCAGCUAUUUUGUAAAAGACGAAGAUAUUAACAAAACAAGUUUUGAGUUAAGGUGUGUGAUAAUCAGGAUCUUAAAAUUGUGAGGAUGUCUGAUAAGGCUAAAGCUGUGAUCAAGAAUGCCGACAUGUCGGAGGAGAUGCAGCAGGAUGCUGUAGAUUGUGCUACACAAGCUCUUGAGAAAUACAACAUUGAAAAGGAUAUCGCUGCUUACAUCAAGAAGGAAUUCGACAAAAAAUACAACCCAACCUGGCAUUGCAUUGUUGGAAGAAACUUUGGUAGCUAUGUAACCCACGAGACCAAACAUUUCAUCUACUUCUACCUAGGACAAGUUGCUAUUCUUCUCUUCAAAUCGGGUUGAAUAACAAUACUAAAAAGACUUUGUAGCUACAUCAGAGAUAACGGAAUUGUCAAAUACACGCUUUAACAGUGGUUCGUACAUUAACAAAUGGAAUGGGCUUUGAACCAGCUUGCACAACAUGGGUUUGAACAAGACAAACUGUUUCUGAAAUAUUUAAUACUUUUGUAUUAUUUACUAAGACUUACAGAAUUGUCUUUUUUUUUUGAACUGUUGAUAAAACGUCAACCCGUCUGAUGAUCUCAUAUAAAUCUAUUGUAAACUUCUUUGUUUGUAAAGUGUUUUUUUCCAACGUAAUUAUGUACUUACAGGUAUAACCUUUUAUCUUAUCUUGUAAUUCAGUAAGGUGCUAUAUAAGUGUUACUAUAAAUAGAGCAGCUGUGAUUCUUGAUGUGCUUGUACAUAGGGAUUCUAUGUUCUAGGCGACUGUAAUUGUUAAUUUUGGGUUUCAAUUUUGUUCUAUUAAUGCUUUAUUUUGUUUAGAUAAAAAUGAUUGAAAUCUA